AUGGUACAAAGCGUCCCUAAUUCCCCAACCCACCGCCACCGAAUAUGGCUUCACUCCCUCUUAUCCGCCUCUCUCUAUCAAUUCCCUUCCAGCCCCUCCUCCCUCUCCUAUCUCUCUACCACUCCAUCCCCUAUGCCAGCUUCAUCUCUUUCUUCACCCUUUAUCUGGGCAUCGUCUGAAAUCCUUCGCCCUUCAGGCAUUGGUGCUCGACGUACUGCUUGUGGUGUCAAUGCUUGUACAGAGGAUAAUUUCUCUUGGUCGAAGCGCAAUCGGGCUGAAGAUAAACGGGACUCCAUAUGGAGGGGUUGGAAGGGAAUUGAGUGGGUAUUUGGUGAAGAGGAAGCGGCCGUAUUGGACGCCGUUGAAGAAGGGGAGGAAGUAGGAUGCGGCGGAGAUUAG